AUGAAGUUCCUCUUGCUGACUGUGACUGCCCUGCUGCUCCUGUCCCAGCUCCCGCCAGGUGGCACCCAAAAAUGCUGGAAUCUUCUUGGCAAAUGCCGCCACACGUGCUUCCAGAAAGAAAAGAUCUAUGUUUACUGCACAAAUAAUAAACCAUGCUGUGUGAAGCCCAAGUAUCAGCCAAAACAACAGCCCUGGUUAUUUUGA